UAGAAUUAGUCUUUUCCUUGCAAUACAUUGAAGAAUAUAUCUUUCAUGCCAUGUCUUCAGCUUCGAGAUAAUCAGUCUAAUGCACCUCGUAGUGGAUUUCCAUAUCUGAAUAAAAUUAAAAUAUGUACACUAGCAUGAUAAAAGGGAGGAAAAUCUAUGGAUGCAUUCAUGCAUUAAGGAUUCCUAUAGUUUUUGUCACGGAUAUAUCCAAGGUACCGACUCACAUCUAAUUACUUUUCAAUUUACAGAUAGCUAAUUGUUCAUCAAUGCUAUCCUUCAAAGGAAGCCCUUAUUGGAUGGCGCCUGAGGUGGUUAUGAAUACAAAUGGAUACAGUCUUCCAGUAGAUAUCUGGAGCUUAGGAUGCACAGUUCUUGAAAUGGCUACCUCUAAACCGCCCUGGAGCCAAUAUGAAGGGGUUGCUGCUAUAUUUAAAAUUGGAAACAGCAAAGACGCUCCUGAAAUUCCAGAUCACCUAUCUGCUGAUGCAAAAGGUUUCCUAAGGCUAUGCUUGCAGCGGGAGCCAUCUGCAAGGCCAACCGCAUUCAAGUUACUCAGUCACCCAUUUGUAAUAAAUCAAACAACAGCACGAGCCAAUGUCAAUAUAACAAGAGCAGCAUUUCCUCGGGCUUUUGAUGGAAGCCGUACACCGACUGCUCAGGAAAUGCAGUCCAGCAGAACGAUGAACAGCUCUUUCGAUAGAGACGAUGCUCUGAGGUUAAAUGUACCAAGAACCUAUAUAAACCCUAGGGAUAACACGAGAAUGAUUACAUCACUGCCUGUAUCUCCCUCCUCAAGCCCGUUGCGACAUGAUGGAGCCGCGUACAACAGUUUUUUCCUUUCUCCCCCACACCCCUCUUAUCCUUACGUUGGGCAGAGCAGUCAAAAUUAUAGCGAUCACUCGCUAUUUCCAUCAAGGCCCAACUCAAGAACAUCGCUUGAUCCAUGGCUCGAAAUCCCACAAUACAGAGCUCAAGCGCCAUUUAGAUCCCAAACAAGGAACAUACUAUAGUCGUCCAGAGAUGUUCCCAACUUACACUAUGCUCGUUCUCCAGAGCUGUACUUGUGGGAGAAUGAGCUGAAAAACUGGGCUUGGAGCAGGUGAGUCACCUGCUUCCUCAAGAUAGAACACGUCUCAGUACGAUGACAUGAGAUGUGGUGCUCGCCGAACAUUGUGCAACCAUGGUACGAAACUCAAUUUGACAGCUCCGUUGUUGAACAUAUUGUAUAUGAUGGCCAUGUAAAGAGCGGGGGGGAGAGAAGAGUGAGCUUCUGCGGUAUGCUAUUAGAAAAUGAUUCACUGUUGUUGGUUGGGAAUUUCAAAUGAAUUUUUCAGUCGCCAGCCUAGAUUUUGUCAAUGCUGUCGCUAUAUCUAAAGGCGUCAGUGUAUAUUAAUUUCUUAAGAGUUGUUGAGGAAAUAAAUUCUUCUUACAAGUUA